CGCACCCCGGCCGCCGCCGAGCUGCUGAAUAAAACGUUUCAGCAUCAACAGCAACAGCCAAAUGGCAGUGCCGCUGCUCCAAAUGCAGCAUUGAAUCAAUUCCAACAGCAAUUGCAGGCAUUGCCGCCCAAUAUCAUUCAACAGCUGCAAACCUUGCAAUAUCAAAUGCAACAACAUCAGCAACAGCAACAACAUCAACACCAACAACAGCACCAGCAGCACCAACAACAGCAACAGCAUCCAUCUCAGCCGCCACCAGCGCAACAUCAUCCAACUCAUCAGCAACCGCCGUCAUCGGCGCAACAACAACAACAACAGCAGCCACAGCCAUUGUUGACUGCACAUCAGCAACAGCAACUGCAUGGACAAUUUCAGCAACAACAACAAAAAGCGCUCCAGCAAUUUCAGCAGAGUUUGCGUUACUUCCCAACGGCAGCUCCAACUCAACCGACCGCUGCACCACCACCAACAGCUGCAGGCAAUAAAGGGGUGAGCGCUGCUUCCACGCAGCCUCCAACGCAAACACCACCAUCGACUGCUGUCGGUAAUCAGCUAAAAGCCCCUAAUUUGCCGCCAAGCACUCAAAUAACACCGUUGCCAGUUAACGCCGCUCCAGUGAGUAUUAUUGGUGGUGCAGCACAACAGUCCAUCAAAAACUCUGCUAGCAGCGCUCCAGUUACCACGGCAACAUCGGCUGCUCUGUCCAGCGCUGCCGGCGGCGGUAGCGGCAGCAAUGCUGCCUCUACAGGGGGUGCCAAGCCGGUACCCACCCCCUCCAUUUCGUUGCUGCCCGCAAAAGCUGGCACUUCAACUGCUGCACCAACUGCCGCACACCAACAAAGCAAAUUUGGUGCUGGUAAAACUUCACCUGUGGUAAGCGCCAUACCACCACCAUUCCCCACACACUUCCAGAAGCCGCAAGCUAUCGUCUCAAGCGCCAAUACAGCUACUACCAACAUAACACCGAUAGGUAAGGCCGGCGCAGUGCCAACUGGUGCAGCAGCAAUGGCAAUUAGCGUUGCAGGUGCAUCUGGAGCAACCAAGCCACCACAGCAGAGCGCAAAUCCUGUACCGCUUACAAAACAAGCAUCCCCUGCGCCACCUCCCACUUCGCAAUUGGGAGCAGCCAGUAGCGCAGCUACGACUUCUUCAACUUCAACGCCGCCUGCUGCGGCAGUGGCUGCACCCAAAAGUGUAACAGCGGUCGGUACAGAACAAAUUGUCGCAGCACAGAAAGCUACAAAUUCAACAGCAGCCUCACCUGUGGGGCCAGGUGUCAAUGCUACACGAAUUUCUGCCGCAGAGAAGAACGCCAAGCCGGCAACGUCGGAAAUAGUAGAAGAAGCUAAAAGCGCUGAAACGGUGGGCAAUGCUCCUGCCAAAGCGAAAGAGGAACAAAGUGCAGACAACACUGCGAAACCAUCUGCAGUCGACACAAAAACUGAUGGGGCAGCAGGCAAAGGGGAAGAUGCUAAAGCCCUGAAGCCCGCUGAUGCUGAAAGUCCGGCCGAGAAAUUAAAUGCACCUGCUGGCGAUGUAAAAGUGUCAACGAAUGUUGCAAGUGGUUCUGAUGUUGGCGGUGACGCAAAACCGGAGCAAAGCAAGCCACCAACUGCUAAGGGACAUGAACGUAGUGAAAUUGCUGCUCCAAAAAUCGACCCUGAAAACAAAGGGGUGGAGGAAAAUAAGAAUGAGAAUAAGUCCGGACCAACACCAGUGUCAACGACAAAGGUAAUAAACCUUGCACCAGCUGAAGAGCCACCCGUUUUGAAGUUGACAACAAAAGAGUUAGAGAUUGGCAGCAAGAAACAAGCCGUUAGUGCUAAAAAAGAUCUCGAAGAAAAGAAUGAAGACAAGAUUAAAGAGGUCACUGAACAGAAGAAUAGAGCUAUAGAGAAAAUAGAUAUCACAAAGCCAAAAUCGGCUGAUACGGCUGGGAAAAAUUCCCCAGAUACUGUAGAAAACAAAUCUUCACACGUAGAGAAUAAUGAAGCUGCAUGCGCUGUAAAUGUCUCGAAAAAUUUAGCUUCUACUGCAACAGAUAUAAAAUCAAAAGCCGAUCCUGUACCAGCAGCGGAGGGAGAUAAGCGUCAAUCUGGUAAAUCUGCCGCCGCUGAUAAACCCAAAGAAGAAAAAACUAAGAUUACAAAGUCAGAAAAGGUUUCAGCGACAGUCCCUACAGCAACUUCAUCUGCAGCCGAACAGCCAACUCAAAGCAACAGCAACAAUCACACCAUUGCAAAGAGCACAAAAUCAAAAGUCGCGGAAACCGCUCCAGACUCAACAAAUUCGAUAUCAGAGGCAACCUCCACCCCAGCUAAGCGCUCAGGACGACAAAUAAAAACGGUAGCAAAAUCUACGGAGAAGGCAACUAUUGAAAAGAGCGAAAAAGUAUCUAGUAGCAGUCGAUCUAGAAAGUUAAAGAGUGGUAUAAGUAGCAGCAGCAGCAAUAGUAGCACUGUAGUCGAUGUGCCAGCCUCACCGGCCACGCCCAAGCUCGAGCAAGCGCCCAGUACUAGCGCUAGCGACCGCAAAAGUUCUCGUCAUCGCCUUAAGACCAUUCCCUUUCAAAGUCCAUUGCCUGAGCUGGCAUACAUCACAAAGCUGUCGGCUAGCGAAGCCUCUAACUCACCAAAACCCAUGUCUACGGAAGACAAGCUAAUUGUAUUCUACAAAAAUGAAUAUAUGGCGGUGCGCAACGCUGAAGGCACAUUCUACUUGUGUCAAACGAUGCAAAAUGUUUAUCGCACUUCGCCCCGUAUCAGCAUCCGUUGGCUAUCCGAGGAUCCAAAUAACAGUGGCAUUUAUAUACCUGAUUUUUAUGACCACACCGAUAUUGAGUGCGUAUUGACGACGGUCGAACUUAAACGUGUUGAUAAGGGUCAUCUCAGCUUGCCAAAGAAGGAACAAGCGCGCAUAGAAAGCAUACUCAAGAAGGCUAUUGACGUAGAAAAGGGUCUUGUGCCAAGACCUGAGCUCACAGAGGAAAAUCCCGACGGCCUGGAUAUAUCAUUGUACAAAGAUGAAUCUCAGAUUGAAAAGAAAUCGGCGACAGGUGUAACACCUACAACCACACGUAAAUCACGUCGUAGCGGUAACAGCUUUGGUACACCAACUACUGCUAGGUCCAGUACAAGCGCCUCAUUCGCUGCGUCUGCAUCGAAAGCACGCAAACGCAGUCGGGCAAGCAUUGCUGGCGCAUCAGCUGGUGACCAUGGUGUCAAAUCUUCAGCUAAGAAAAGAAAAUUAGCCGGCAAGCGUAAAUCGAAAUCAAAGAAGACUACAACCACUGAUGAAGAGAACGAGAGCACCGAUGAUUCCGAUGCCGAAUAUAAACCAAAUCAAAAGAACACAGGUGGUGCUUCGAAGGCGUCACCACGCGCACAACGUUCACCACUGGCAAGGGCUAGAGCGGCUUCGCCAAUUAGCUCGACAACAGCACGAACCAAAAGCAUGCCUGAAAAAUCGACUUCAACGGCGAGCAGUCGGGGCGAACGCGCGAAUAAGCGUAAGGCAGCCGCAGACGACACAACGCCGACUGCGGAAAAUGCACCAACCCCAGUAAAGAAGACUGGCGGCAGCGCAACUUCAGCUGCUGGGGCUUCAACAGCGACACCAAAUGCCUCUAAAUUAGCAAACACAAAAAUAUCUGCAGAUGGUGCAAUCGAGGCGAACAACAGCACAUCGAUUGUGAAGAAGAUCAGCGCAGCAACAGCAGGAGAGAAAACUGACGUGGUCAGCAGCACGACAAACGCUAGCAAUGCAGCAGAGAGCACAGCCGCGAUCUCCGGAAGUAGUAGCGAAAAUGGUAGUAGCUCUAACAAUCGACCGACCAGAAGUCGAAAAUAGGAAUUAUAAGAAGCUAGAUGAGAGAUGAUGUAAUUUAUGUGUAGUAGCGAUAUGCAGUUUCCUCAUUCCCCAAUAAUCUAAACAUUAGAAAAGCUCACAAAACACACAUGAAAAUAUUAAUGAUACGCAUAGUGGCACUUGGACAGAGGAAUAACAUUAGAAAAUGUUGGAUUAUAAAAUACCUUGACAACAAAGAUCACGCUAGCAAUAUUUUUAACCAGAAACCGUUCGAACAAAAUGUACAUUAGUUGUAGAAUGUAUGUAAACAGUUUGACCCAUAUUCAAAGAAAUCAUGCAUGUGCAAGAAUGUAAAAAAGGAGGUACACUUAAAUAUUGUAGAUUUGCAUUGCCAAUAUUUUUUUUUUAUAUAAAUAUUUUCUUCUAGUAAGUUCUAAUUCGGCAAAUUAGUAAGGGGAUGGAUAUUCGAGGCUAUUAAUGAAACCAUCGUAGUCCAAUUUUUCGUGAAAUCUACGAAAAUUCUACGGCAUUUGGGCUUCUUCGCGUUACAAUUAUAACCGUUGUGUGGCUCGAAAAUCUAACAACGUUUGUAUCACCGUGUUGCAAAUUGUUAAUCAUAGCUUAUAUCAGCACUUAUUUUGUGGCUCUAAACGUUUUUUUUUUAGGAUUCAGUAAUUGCUUAAAGUGGUCUCACACAAUAUGUGUUUGCAUCUGUAAAUGUAACUUUUUGGUAUAUAUGUAAUUGCAUCUAUUUCCCAAAUUCACACAGUAUUUAUUUAACUACAUAUUUGAAAUUGACGUUGUUGGUAAACGAAAUAAACCAAAAACAGAUGUCAGAUAUAAUUAGAAACAUUUAUGUUUCGUAUGUACGUGCAUCCGCCUUGUACAGAAACAAAUCUUAGUUGGUUUUAUGCGGUCGUAUGUCUGCAUUUCUAUAUGUAAAAUAUGACAUUUAAACAUGCAAAUACAUAUCGCGUAAGACCACUUUUAAUCGAACAUUCCUCAAGAAAUCGGGCCACGGUGGUUUCAGCCAUAGCGCCGAUUUUCAAACACACAAACUUUUCAGUUCAUUACCAACUUGCCAAUAAAGAUGGCUUAAGAAAAAAAAAUGUUGGUAUAUAAUAUUUCGAAACUUUCUACACUGACCGCAAAUAAGAGUGUGAAAUGAAAGUGUAUAUUUUUUUUUUUUUAUUUUACAUAAUUCAUGGAUCUGCUUGGCUUGAAUUUUUUUGUGUACUUGUGUACUUGUAUACUUUAUAUUUACUAUUUUGUUUGUUUGUAUUUCCUUUUGUUUGCAAUUAGUGCUUAAUGGUUUAUUCGUAGUUGUAAUUCUAUUGUUUAGUCUUUAUUUUUGUAUUUGGAACUAAAAAAGCUAUGAUAAUUAUUGGUAUAUGAAAAUUAUUUCUUAUACAUAUUUACAUAUGUAUGAAAGUUUUGUUUCAGUAGCAAAAUACAAUCCGUGAAACUCUUCGAAUGCUAAAGGGGACAACUAAAAACGACACUUUUUGUUGUAAUAGCAUAAAACAUUCGCCGAGCAUUUUUGGGAGUUGUAGCUGAAGUAAGUGUCUUUUACCAGAAUAUUCCGGCAAAACAACACCGAAUAUCAUGGGAGUGUAACAACUUGCAUUGAACAUUUAUUUAAAAAAAGGCGAUUACGGCUUGAAAGUUGUAGCUACAAGCUCCCGAAGUUUACUUAUAUUCUGAGCUACACCACAUAAACAAGUACGAUUUUCGCAGAGAGUACAUAUGUAUUUUAAUUUUAUAACUAAACAAUUUAUUUAGAAGUAAAAAGUAGUCGUAGCAGCAUAAUAUGAAGCAACAAUAUAUAAACUACUCUACAUCUUAUAUCAAAUAUUAUGAAACACGAAAAUGCAUAAAUGUGUUAGCUAUUCAAAGGUAAAUGAGAAUGCAUUAAGGCAAUAUCUAUGCGGCGGUAAAAUAUCAAAAUAAAACAUUAAACUAAUGCAGGGAAGGAAUCAAUAUACAUUUGUGUGCAUAAUAAAUGUACUAUGUAAUUCCCAUUAAGAAAAUUAAGAAAUAAAAAGCUAUAUUAAAGUACAUCGCACGUAUGUAUAUGAUAUGAUGUUAAAUUGGUUUUGGAGUAAAUGGAAAAAGUAAGGGCUCAGCAAAUGAGUCACGAAAGGCAAAGUGUUGUGUAGUGGAAGUGCAUAGUUAUUUAGUAAACUGUAAGCGAACCAGUUCAAGUAAGAAACUAAAGCAUAAAUUAUACUAAACUAGCCAUUCAAAUAUUAUCAAUAAAUCAAUAAUGUAUAUUGUAAUGUUUCGAAAUAUACACACGUAGGCAUAGGUAUAUUCUUAUGCACUUUGAAAUUGUAUGGUAAAAAUGGCUAACCAUGACAAGAAUAAAAUAUUAAGAAUGCAGAUAAAUUUUUAUUUUUUUGUUCAACAAAAACAGAGGUUUGACGUGUUGAAAAUUGCAUUUCUUUUGUAAGAAAUUUAUAUAUGAAAAUAGGCAGAAAGUAUAAAUAGGAAAAUAUCAAAAAAAUAAAAAUAAAAUAAAA